GUUUACCCUUGUUUCCUGUCUUAAUGCUUAGCUAAGCUAACUGGAUGUAACUCAUAUUUAUCUUUUCUUUUCAACUAAGUGGCAAGAAAGCAAAUUUUCUAAAAAUGUUGAAUUUUUGCUUUAAGCACCUAUGUCAAAGUUGAAAUCUACUGAAUGUUUACUAGAAGGUUCAUAACCUAGAAAGCAAUGUUUUUCUGUAAUCCAGGAACAGUUGAAUAACCAGCAUUGUGGUAUAUAGGUGUUUAGUACAUCACAAGAUUGGCGAUGUAGUGGGGAGCUCACUCAUAAAAGCCCCGCAAGUCAAAUGGAGUAAUUUGAAAUCAGCUUUUGCUUGUGUUAUAAUUUGCUACAGCAAAUUGCCUUUGAAGUAUUUGCCUUUCAUGGUAGCCUUUGACCACUGGGUGUCAUCCAAGCAAUAAAAAUGCCAAAGGAACAUAAGGUACUCCAUGCUGCAUGACUCACAGCUGGGCUAGUGUGAAGACCUUGGCCUGUGUUGUGUAAUGAGUUAGGAAUGAAAUCUUGUAGAGCUGGAAUUGAUAAUCCCACCCUCUCUGCUGCUAUUCUGCCAUGAAAUGUGACCAUUCAUCAAUAUUGAAGAAAAAAAAAAAGGUAAAACUCGGCUAACAAAAAAUGUAACCUAAAUUGUGCACCUAUAGCCUAUGUAAAGAGCGACAUGAACACUUGAUUUAAAGGUUUGUCUAUGUACUGUAAGAGCAUUAUGGUCUUUCUCGAGCCAUUUGACUCCUCACACAUUACACACACCUCCCCUCGGUGAAAUGUAUGGAAGCACUGCGGCACACUGCGUGUAUUUUGCAGGCUGCAUGGCUGCCUGGCUCAGCGUUCAAAGAGAGAGCGGAAGAUAGGAGGAGGGGAAUGACUACACCAAGAGAGUAGGAGGAGGGAGGGAGGACAGUUUCCUUUUUGUAACACACACGCUACAAGAUCACACCGGGAAAACGGAGAGAGGAAAGAAAAUUAUAGGCGAAAGAGAGAGAGAGGGGGGAAGGAAUCACCGCAGCACCUCUGUCCGUCCGUUCUUUUGGUUGUUUUUGGGUGAGAAAUCGUCUUUUCUUUUAACGCAGACUAACAUGGGGGGGAGAGAGAGCUCCUGACGCGGAUCGACUUUCAGUGAACCUCUGCACUGUGGUACAAGUCUGUGGUUAAUAGGGAGGAAAAAGGCGACAGGGAAGACAUGUUGAGGGGGUUUUCGUCUUGAGGUUGCGGUAGGAUGUUGAUGUUGUGCUCUUAAAAAAGACAGACUGCUCCUCGUAGAGAAAAAAGCGAGGGCAAAUGGAAAUUGUGCGGUAGGUUAUGCUCAGGAGCCAUUGUUUUGAUCGGUGUUUAUUUAAUUGGUUUGUUAUGAUCUUAAAUAACGUAGGCCUCUUAGGCAGCCCUGCAGUAAAUAAAUACACGGUCAGCAAACGGGCUACAUAGAAAUUAACCCGACAAACCUGCUUAUAUUUUAGGGGACAUUUUUUUUAUUGGGCUGUGUUUUGUAGUAGCCUAAGGUAAAAGCAGCGUUUAGGCCUAUUUGUUUUUAAAACUAACGCGGUGGUUAGAUUACAUUUCUUGAACCAGAGAGGCAAACAUUUCCAUAGCCUAUACAUUAACUCUUCAGGGGGGGGGUGGGUUAUACAAAGGCCCAGUAGAACAUACAGUAAAGCCUGCUGCAGCAUUAAAAGACAAUUUUAACUGCAGAGGGAAAUCGUCCACAGGCUGGCUUUAAGCACAAAGGUGCACAAGUAGUCCAUUCCCCCCCACCCCAGUUUAGCUCAAGACAGGGGACAAAACAAGAUUUUUAAAUGUUAAUGUCGACCGACGUUGCAUCCAUCAUGCUGCCUGUGUCCCGGGGUCUCAUGGACCGGGAUAGAGAGCUGGACACCAUGGCCGGGGUGCAUCCCAACGCGGGCGGCGCUCCUGCGGUUGUCCGGGGCAUGAAACGCGGAGACCCAGAGCCUGACGGACAGACAGCGGCUGCUCUUGUGGACUCGACCGGGGCGGAGUGCAAGCGUCCCCGCAUCGACGGCUCAGGAGGGAUCGGCGAGGUUGGUCAGAACAACGACCCUUUGACCCUUGGUUACCAUGGCUACCCGUCUCAUAGUCAGGGCUCUCAGGAUAGUGCUGGCGGUCAGGAGGGACUCGUACCUCCACCUUUCUCCGCAUUCCCUCCACCUCCACCGCCACCCCCCCAGAAUGGCCUGGCACUGGAUUACGGGGGCAGCCUGUAUGCAGCGGGGGCCGUCCAGGGCCCCGUGGAAGCUGGUGGAGCAGUGAACAGCGCCGCCAAUGUUGCCAACAGCCUCAGUGGCCAACAGUCAGAUGGCUCCUCCCAGAUUGAUGGUCAGUCAGUUGUUGGCUCAGGAGGCGUAGGUGGUGGAGGGAGCAUUGGGGAUGAUUCAGACGCCAAGGGGACCCCCAAACGCCUUCACGUGUCCAACAUCCCCUUCCGCUUCCGAGAUCCCGACCUACGGCAGAUGUUUGGGCAAUAUGGCAAAAUCCUCGACGUCGAGAUCAUUUUCAAUGAGAGGGGAUCCAAGGGCUUCGGUUUUGUAACAUUCGAGACAAGUGCAGAUGCAGAGAGGGCCAGAGAGAAGCUUCACGGUACGCUGGUGGAAGGACGUAAAAUCGAGGUAAAUAAUGCCACAGCCAGAGUGAUGACAAACAAGAAGAUGACCACCCCUUACUCUAACGGAGAGGGCCUCGCAGCUCUGCCAUACGCUGGAUGGAAGUUGAGUCCCAUGGUUGGAGCCAUGUACAGCCCUGAACUCUAUACAGUUCCGGGGUUUCCAUACCCAGCAGCAGCAGCGGCAGCAGCCGCCUCUACCGCUGCAACCUUUCGGGGCGCUCAUCUCCGGGGUCGUGCCCGGCCCGUCUACAGCGCAGUCAGGGCAGCUGUGCCACAACCUGCCAUCCCUACCUACCCUGGUGUGAUGGCCUAUCAGGAUGGCUUUUACAGUGCAGCUGAUCUCUAUACUAGUGUUUCAGGACAUUAGUGGCAGAUUGCCCCAGGUAGGGUUUACACACUCUGUGUGAGAGCCAGUGUGCAUCCUCCUCGUCUCCAAUGACUGCGUGCUGCUAGACAUUAUUGACCAUCUGAGAUUGAAAUGCCUUCUCUGUCUUCUUCUACUAACUCACUGGAUCUGACAUGGGUGGAGUUGCGGAAGGGGGAGAAAAGAAUUAUGUUAAAAUCAGAAUUUGCAAAGAAUAUACUACAUAAAACGUCCAUUUACAAAUUAUCUACAGGGGAGUUGGAUAUACAUGUUUGGGUAAAUUAGGUGCAGUAUUGAAGGUCAAUACUUGAACAGUGGGUCACCUUCUUUAACCAAAAUCUGCACUUAUGAUAACGUUAUCAAGUCUUUUCCAUGACAAUACAUCCAGCUAACUACGUGCAUUUUUGUACACCAUCUUAUUAUUUUCCUCUGUAUGAAAACAAAGACAUUUUGUCUUAUUUUGGCAUCGUCCCUAGGUGACACCCCAUAGCAAAAUUACUCUAAGAAUUCAAUACUUUUCACUAUGUGCUUGUUGCAAGAUACAUUAAAACACAUUGUAGUAUAUUAUUUGACAUUUUCAUCACACAUUUUUAUUCCAAAAUCAGAAGAUAUGUAUUAAGAAUUGUCCAAAACUGGGAUUUCAAGCCAGGACAUGCUGUCUUUUUGUUAUACCUUUUGAUUAAUUUACCCUAAAACUAUUUAUUGUGCACAUGCUCUACAUAUGAAUUAUUAGGUGUCAGCAAGCUGCAUUGCCAUGCUUGAAAUAGAAACACAAAAAUAAAUAGGACAUGAAUAAUGACAUUAAAACCUGAGACUUCUCCACUAGUCAGAGGGAUGUAGGACCGUUUCUGUCAGCAGUUACUUCAGACCCCUUCCAGGAAUCUCCCUAUCUGUUUCACCUGUGGCAUGCUAACUGAUUCAAUGUCGGCAUGCAGACAUAUUUACAAGGCUGACUCCACCCCCAACCCCCAUUCUUUCCUCCCGUCUUUUUCUUCUCUGUCUAUAAACCCCCUUUUUGUGUCAUUCUUUAUUUCACUUCUUCUCACUCUCUUUAUUCUGUCUUCUUUCUUUCCUAAGUCAAUAAUUAAAACCUUUUUUCUUCUUCUUCUUCUUCUUCUUCUUCUUCUUCCUCCUCUUCCUCUUCUUCUGUACAUGUCAUGUUCCUUCACCCUUCCUCUUCCCCAGUCCAGCCUUCCUCCCAUAGCAGCAACUGUGUGGUCCUGAAUGCGGGGACUUGGUUGUGACUGAUCCUUUAGGGUAGACUGCAGCGGUGUUUGUUUUUGAUAGGGAUGUUUGGCCUAAUACGCUGUAAGUUCUGAGUUUGGGAAAGCAUGCUGUUUCUGUUAGCGAUUGGUCGCUGGCCAUGUAAGCGUGUGUGUGAGUGUGCCCUUUUUAAUCCGUCUGGCUGACUGUCUUCUUAUACCUGUAGUUUUUUGUGUAUGUUCAUCAGCUGUUCAUCCAAACCUAAAUAAUGACACAAUCAUCUUGCCACCCCUUCCCCUUUCUUUAACUGUGUGUUUUUGGUGGGGGAACUGGGGUGGGGCCCAGUUAUGGGUAUGCACUCUCUCCCUCCAUGUCCAACACACAGUGGGAAGGAUAAUGAAUAGGGGAAUGCUACAAAGACAUCAUAUACAAUUAAAGAGUUUUUUUCCCCUAGGUUAGUCAUGGAGGGAGAGACCCACACAGAGCCUGAGCUACAUCCUUGUGAAUGCUGUACUGCACCAGAUUAGCCAGUUUUGCUGACUGUCUGCUUGUUAAUCUUUCACUCUCUUCUCAGCAGUUUUUAUCACAAUGUAACCAUUUAGAUUAACUACUAGUCUGUUAGUGUGUAAAGAAAAAUACAGCAAAUUUUUAACAAUAAUUUACUAUUGUUUCUGUUUCGUCCCACCUGCCCCUACAUUGUAUCUUUCUACUCUAUCACAUACACUACCCCCUUCCGUCUCUCUCCGCUUCAUCGCCUCAUCACAGGGCGGCUAUGCAGCGUAUCGUUACGCCCAGCCAACUGCGGUAGCAACUCCAGCGGCAGCGGCAGCUGCAGCAGCAGCUUACAG